CCCAGCUCCUUGGGCCGGCCCAGCUUGAGUGUUCCACAGGUGCUUGACCCGAAGCUGUUUAAAUGGUUCAUUUGGGCCGUCCUCUGGAUAUCGGCCCAUCAUAAGCCCCCCAACUCCUCAGUCCUCAGCUGGGCCAAGCGGAGGAGUGGGGAGUUUGCAAAGUCCACGUGGACGCUCCAACGGGGAUCCGAGCCGUUCCUUGGGUUCCGCACGACACUUGGGCACGAUUUCCACAAAUAAGUAAUCAUGGCCUGCCGAUUCGCCUUCCUGUUGUCAGUUAAAAACCGCCGCUGGACGCCAUCUCUUCCUUUCGCCUUCUUCACUACCGUUCGUCUGCAACUCCGCUGCUCACCCGACUCGUUCUUCUUCCUGUCCAGGUCAGUUCCUUCUCUCGCCGCCAUGAUUGUCUCGGAUUCCGAUUCGGCUACCCCAUCGCCCAAUUCUCGCCAAGCCGGCCAAUCGGCCUCUGACCGUAACCCCGGCCACACUCCAUCACCCCGGCCGUCGCCGUCGGCCGUGCCUGGCCACAAACGGCGUCGAUUGAGGAAGCAAUACCCUUCCUCAACUCCGGUAGAUGAGGGCUCAAGGGUUGAAUUGGACGAAAACAUCAUGGCGUUGUGCCAUUGUCAAAUUACUGACCGGGGGUUCGCCGAUGCCACUGACAUGGUUGGACCCUCCAUCGAGGUUCAGGGCGCCCUUCCUUCCGUCGCAUCCCACGCCCCCCACCUGAUGCCACCCUUUUGUCUAUCACUCGCCGGGUUGGGGUUUGAGUUUGUUCAGGAUGAGCUUCGCCACCAACCCGACCUACUGAGGGACAUCCCCGGGGGGCAUCAGCCUGACCAGCUGAAGGACAUUCCUGAGGAAGGUCUUGAUUGUGGUCCUUUUGUGAAAUUACAAGAUUUAGGAGAAGAGAUGGACAGCGAUCUCCUGCUCAGUCGCUUCACCGCAGAGAGGAAAAGGAAGAGAGAGACGAAGGGCCAGGGCAAACAUUCUUCAUCCCACCACGAGGAGGGUCCUUCUCGAGAGCCGGUCGUAAUUGCGGUGGAGGGCCAAAAAGAUGCUACCCAGGAACCGGGUACCAUGGCUGGCCAGUCCCCUCCACACCCCGUGAUGCAGGGUGGCGACCUCGCUGGGUCGUCUCAGGGCAUUGCCUUGGAGCGACCUCCAUCACCACCCGUAGUGACCUACGAGGUGGCGACCGGGGGUCGCUCGACGAGGCUCUGCAUCCCUCUCCUGCCCCAAAGCCUAGGGGACGUACAGCUGGAGACUCUUAUCACUCUGCCUGCAGAAGACCAGGCUCGUAUCUCGGCAGGCUCCGAGGACGACCUUGACAACAUGGUCCUUUUGAGGCUCAGUCAGGCUAUGCUGGGGAUGAUUGAGGUGGUCGGCUGGAAACGGGGUCGCCAGGCCGCUGCGGACGAGGUGAUGAAAGCAGCCGAGGCCAAGCAGAAGGAGCUGCAGGAGGAGGUCGCGCGUCUCACCAGGGAGUUGGAGGAGAAAGAAAAUCGCUGCGCGGCGCUUAUUGUGGAGAAAGCUUCCCAGGAGAACCGCUGCGUCGCCCUUGAGGCAGACAAGGCCUCCUUGUCCUUGGUGGUAGAAUCUGUUUCUGCUCGAGUGGUCGAGCUGGAAGGGGAGAAAUCUGAUCUGAUCCAGCAGUUGGAGGUGGAGAGGAGCGAUCGGGUCCGCCAUGCAGAGGGAGCGGUAGAAUCCUUCAAGUCCUCUCCUGACUUCACGGUAGUCGCAAUGGAGCGGAUGGAAGAAUUAACGGCCGCUUGGCUCACAACUGAACCUGGGGCCCAAUGGAUGGUCAAGGAGGGAACCAAGUCCUUCAAUUGCGGACUCUUCCAUGCCCAACAGGUCUUCCACAACAGGCUGGCCCAGCUCCCUAAAGGAUUCUCUCUCCCCGACCUUGGCUUCCCUCCUCCCUGCCGCUCCUUGGCCGAGUUCGACCCCAGUCCCUAUCUGGACGGGGGAAGCUCGAGUGCGUCGGAAGAGGAGGAAGAAGAAGAAGUGGAAGGUGGUCAGAGCGACCAGAAUCCAGGGGCCAGCUUAGCCAUGUCCAAAGCGGUUUGGGCUCAACUCCUAGUCCCGGCCCGUUUACCUGCCCGGGCUCAAUCCCUGGAUUGGCCAUCGUGCCGCCCAAUUGAUCCAAUGCCCUUCACCGUUUCUGAUUGGACCUUCGCGCGGCUCAAGCCUGCUUUAUCGAUCUUUCCGACGGGCCGGCUCCUUCUUCGCCGGAGCCUGCCUCUUCCGCCGCCACCACCUCCAAACCCUUAUGAAGACUUUAAUGAGGCGUACGAGGCCCUCUCUGCCAACCGCCUGCCUGACGGGCGGAUUGACUGGGAUGCUCCAUGCCCCCUCCAUUCCCUGCAAUGUAUGGCCUGGGAUAGCUUUCAAGAUGAGCACUUACCCCUCCUGGAGCAUGAGUGCGCAUAUUACGCAAGUUUUGAGCGAUGGACUAGCGAAAGUCGCACCAGUUCGCCGGUGAGGCCUUCGGAGGAGGUUGUGUUAGGGAAAGAACUGGGUUCUCCCCUACCUCGCCUCGCUUGCCGUUCGCUUCCCCAGAAGACCCCUAGGCGACCUGAAGUAGCUCGGGCGGCUUCAGGAUCUCCGUCCUCGCCUAGGUGAUGCUGGUUGGGGUUCACAGAGAAGUGAGCCGUCCCCCGUCCUUCCUUGGUAGGAAAAGGGCGGUGGGUUUUUGCCGAGGCUGGGGGCGACCACUCCCGUUCGAUGUUGGGGAAGAAAGGUGGUCGUCCUGG